GCAGCACUGCUGCCAAUAGAUGGCGUAACAACAAAGAGCAUUUAUUCGCUUGCUCAAAUGCUAAUCAUCUAUAAUCACAAUAAUAAUAUAGAAAUAUUAUAACAAAAUAAUGGAAUUAAGCUAAUUACAAGAACUGCAGACACAAUAAAACAUGGCUGGCAUCUACACCAGAGAGGCGGUGCGCGUCAAAGUCAAGAAGUGCGAGGCAACGCGUCCGCCAGAAUGGCGCAAAUUUUCGGUGGAUCCACAAAUAACAACAUUGGAGGUGCUCUACUCACUCCUAGCCAAGGCCUUCGAUAUCAAAUCGGACUUUUCCAUCAAAUACAAGGCCUUCGAUCCAGCUGGCAAUGAAAUCUAUUUGGCCGUACUCUCCGACUGGGAUCUGGACGCUGCCUUCCUACGCAUACACAAUAUAUCCAUACAGACGUCGUCGGAGCCUUGUCUCAUGCUGCAGAUUGACGUUAAGCCAUUUACCGUUGUGCGAGAGUGUGAAACGGAAACAACAACAAUAACUACAACAACGGCAACAAACACGAGCAGCAGCAGCCGAGUCAGUGGCACCGCUAGCUUCUCGGCCAGCGUGUCGCCGCUCCAAUCGCUGGGUGUAUCGCAGAAAUAUGUGCAGCAUAUGCAAACGAAAUUGCCAGGACUGAUCAUGAAUCAAAUGGAGAAGACAUUCUCUAUAGUGCAGAAGGCCUUUAACCUAUCGGAUGAGCAUAUGGCGAACUUGCCCCCGCGUCCGCCUAUGUGUGAUAGCGAAUUCCGUUUGUUUUUGGAUGCACUCGGGCAGAUUCAGCGCCGCGACGAACUGAGAAAAGUGAUUUUCCUGGGUGGCAUUGAGCCGAGUUUACGUCGCGUGGUCUGGAAGCAUUUGCUGAAUGUCUAUCCGAGCGGCAUGCACGGAUUGCCACUGGAUGGGCAUCAGCGCAUGGAGUUUAUGCGGCGCAAGUCGGAGCAAUACUACAGAUUGCGCGACAAUUGGAAGGCGGCCGUGCAGCGCGGAUCUGUGGCGGGCGAACUGGCCUAUGUGACGAGCAUGGUGAAGAAAGAUGUGCUGCGCACGGAUCGACUGCAUCCGUUCUAUGCGGGCAGCGACGACAAUCAGAAUAUUGCCUCAUUGUUCAACAUAUUGACCACGUACGCGCUGAAUCAUCCAGUCGUCAGCUAUUGCCAGGGCAUGUCCGACAUUGCCUCGCCCCUGCUGGUCACCAUGAACGACGAGGCGCAGGCCUACAUCUGCUUCUGUGCGAUAAUGGAGCGAGUGCGCGGCAACUUUAUGCUCGAUGGCAUUGCCAUGACUCAGAAGUUUGCCCACCUGACGGAGGCGCUGAGCUUCUAUGAUCCGGAAUUCUGGGAGUAUCUGAAAUCACAGCAAGCCGAUGAUCUGCUCUUCUGCUAUCGCUGGCUGCUGCUCGAGCUGAAGCGUGAGUUCCCAUUCGAGGAUGCUCUGCGCAUGCUGGAGGUACAGUGGAGCUCGCUCUGCUAUGACAAUAAUAGCCCCAAGGAGCUAUCUCUAUACGAAAAGGAAUUUGUGCCCAUAACGGAAACCUCUGCGCCCAAUAGUGCCAGCACAUUUUCCACAUCAUACAGCGCCACGCCCACAAGCCCAUCGUAUCUGCUAACGAAGCCCAGAGAGAAUCCCUAUACGAAAGUUUGUGCAUUGCGCAGACAGAGCUCAUCGGCGUCGCUCAGUUCGUUGAGCUCCUCGCUGGGAGCUGCUAGCAACAAUGCCUUGGACAAUUCGAAGCGUUUGAAUCAGAGUCUGGACGACAAUAUGUCGAGGCAUGCAGCGCGUAGGCAGCGCAGGAUUUCGGCAAAGGCGCAUCAGAGUCUGGAUGAGUCGAAGAUGUUGGCGCUGAUAGAGGGCGGCGUGGCCGAGCAGAAUGCCAGGUCAGUGCAGGAGCUGAGCGCCAGCGAGGACACCGAUGACGAUGUCUUCGACCGCAAGGAGCAGCUGGUGGGCUCGCCGCCACAAUUCCAUGAGACGAAUCCGUUCAAGGACGAUGCACAGCAGCCAAAUAAUAAUUUGAAUAACAACAAUAAUAUAGCUUCACCGCCCGCUAGGGUUUUCCUCUCAUCAACAUCAUCUUCCAAUUUCGGCGAGGAGAAGGCGCCACAGCAGCAGCAGCAGUCGCAGCAGCAGCAGCAGGCAUCGGUCCAGGGCCUGGCCAAGCUGCAGCAGAAGAAUAUUAUGAACGUAAGCAAUAUGAUAGCCAAGCAAUUGGCCACGAAUGCCAGCACGGUGAGCGAGAGCGUCAAACGCGUCAGCAGCACCAGCGGCGGACAUUUCAAGGAUCUCAAGGAGAAAAUCGCGGCCAGCAGCCGCAUGGGCAUCUCGUUCGACAACGACGAUGCACCGCCAAAGCUGGUCAAGAAUUUUAAUGAAUUCCUCAAUUUUGCCGCGAUCAACAAAAAUCGCAUUUCGGAUCGCUUGGCCAAUCAGCUGCAGAUCAGCGAGAAGCCACAGAAGGAAAAGGAGCUGGGCAAGCCAGUGGUGCAGCUCACCAAAGGCGGUGCACUGGGCAGCUCUUUGGAUGAAUCGGACUCCUCCUCCAUACCAGAGACCAGCUGGAGUGCCUCGACAGCGGCCACGGCCAUACAGCAGGCGCAGGAGCUGAGCAGUUAUAGUUUGCAAUUGGAUUUGAAUGCUGUGUCGCCGGUUAAGCAGGAGCAACAGCAGCAAUCGCUGCAGCAGCAGCAGCCCUUAGAAGAGAGCACGCCCGAUCAGGAUGGCGAUCAGGAGUAUUAUCCCAUGACGAAUGCCAUAACGCGCGAACUGCGUUUGGAGGCGGAGAAUCUGGAUCGUCAGGUGUUUGGCUUGCCCUUCACGGAAAAGCAAGUAAAUACAGCCCUGGCCGAUGAUAUAGAAUAUGAGAAGUUGGACAAGGACACGCUGGACAUGGUGGAUGAUCUCAAGGAGAACGAGAUCAUCACGUGCCCCGAUGUCAGUGAGCUGCAUAUGAGAAGACGUCAGCGGCUCGCCGCCGCCAAGAGCAACAGUGUGCAGCCCGCUCAGACCGAUACGCUGAAUCCCUUCAUAGACGAGAGCCAGCUGAUGGAGGGCGGCAUGCGCAAUAGCAAUAGUCUGCCCGAGGUGAUCAUGCCCAUCUCAACGGAGCCGAACCGUGUCGAGGCGCCGACACUGGUGGAAAUAGCAACAAAUGCGGAUGACGAGAGCGCCUACACACGCUCACCCCAGCGCAGUCCGCUGAAUGGGCUGAAUAGCACAGCGGCUGCUCUGCCCCCACCAGGCGAAUUCGGGGGCGGCAAUGCGUUCCUCAUGUUCCUCUGCCUAACACUGCUGCUGCAGCAUCGCAACACCAUUAUUAAGUCGGGCAUGGACUACAACGAGAUAGCGAUGCACUUUGAUAAGAUGGUGCGGAAGCACGAUGUGACGCGAGUCUUGAAUCAGGCGAGGCGCAUGUACUUUGAGUACUUGCAGGCGCAGCGAAAAAAGUCGACAGCAGGAACAGCGGGAGCGGGAGAGAGAGCGGCAGCAGGAGCGGGAGAGAGAGCUGGAACAGGGACUGGAGCUGGAGCUGGAGGUGGACCGGCAGUGGGAGCAGGUAGCACAACAGAUGCCACAAAUAUAUAGCCAAAGCUAGUAUGGAGAUUGCGAGUGGAUCAGGGCAAAGCUUAACCGUAGUUGGCUGAGCUUCUCUCUCUAUAUAUGUGU